AUGUUCCUUGAAAGACACUUGAUACUACUUAUUCUCACUCUUCACUUCCUCUGUGUGCCAUGCAACAAUGACACAUUUACGUCGAGUGAGACAACAAUCGCCAAGUCGACGGAAUUGGAUUAUAAUUUCGGAUCGACAAACCUUUACGAUGCUGAAUCUACAACGAAUACUUUCGUGAAGAUCACAGACGACGACACGACUUCUUACGAAUCCACGGAGGAACCCCUGAAGACGGUCACCGAUAAGUCCUCAUCAUCCACUGUCGAUCAUAUCACGAGACCCGUUACUGUGCCUAACAAUGUAAUUUCUAUCGAUAGCACAAUCAGUACGGAGAUCUGCAAUCUGACGUAUGCAAACGUUGAUGCAAAGGAUGAGGUAGUUGAUUUAAAGACGGAUGAAAUAAGCACUGAAUGGAUCGUUUUCUCAUGGAAGUCUCCGUGUGAGGUGACAAUAAACUCCCCGACAUUAUAUUCCAUCGAGAUAUGCGACGAUAAAAAAAAUUGCACGCAGACAAAUGAGACCAAUAGCUGGCAUAACGCUACCGAUCUGGAGUCAUGCACGCAAUAUGAAUUUAAAGUGAAAAUGAUCACCCCACACGGGAGCUCUAAAGGAGUCGUUCUGUCAGCUACAACGGCCACUCCGGAAUUUUGGGACGCGGAAGUAAUCUCCCUAAGCACACGCACCAUCAGUGUCAACGUUAUUCAACUGACUUGGCAGGCGCCUGCAAUUCACGAGAAAUGCAUAUCCAACUACUCGAUUACCCAGUGCGAUGGAAAAUCCUGCAACAAGACCACAGCCUUUGUCACGAAUUACACUGCCAACGAUCUCGAGCCAUGCACGGAGUAUUACUUUACCGUCAAAACGGUGACGCUAUCCGUGGAGUCCUGUGGCGUAAACAAGACCGGGAAGACAGCCUCGCCGAAAUUGUCGGCACCGCAGUCCCUUCAUAUAAUACCCGGCAAUUUUUCGCUGACCGUUAAAUGGGAGCCUCCGGAGUCUGGCACGUUCUGUCUGAAGCAUUAUUACAUAACUACGGAUUUCAACUAUACCACCAAUACUACGAACACAAGUGUGGUAAUUCCGCAUUUGCACGCUUGCAAGAUGUAUCAAAUAUUUAUCAACGCUGUAAAUGAAGAUGACGUAGAAGGAAACACGAUAGACAAGAGCGCUACCACGCUUCCGUAUAGAACGAAUCCACCACUUUUGCAUACUCCAGGUAUACCGCCAAGUGUUAGAAGUCUGUCGAUGAUUUGGACCAUCCAGAAAGAGAAUAAUGAGUGCCAGCUAUCGUCUAUAAUAACUAUAUGCAAUUACACAGAGAAAAGAGGGAAAGGCUACGAGCCCGAGAAUCGCGUAUCCCCGAUGAAUAUAGAUCCCGAUAUUGCUGCAGAGUCUGUUUUCGUACUAAACACAACCGUAGAAGGGCUAAGUCCCUUUACAAGUUACAUUUGCUGGGCACAUACCGUUAAUAUUGCAGGAUACAGUGAUUUAAGUGUUGGAGUCAAUGCCACAACGUUGCAGGAUGUAUCAUCUCCACCUGAGUUUUCUGUCAAAAAUAUCACCGACUCGCAAUUCUCGUUAUCGUGGAAAGAACCGGAUUAUUUGCCCGGUUAUUUAGAAGAAUUUGAAAUCGUAAUCUAUUGGAAACCAUUAUAUUCGAUUCCAAAUUGGUGCCCUCGCGAGGAACAAGAUAUGGAUCGUUCUAAAAAAUUUAAUGUAAGUGGAAGCGUGUUUGAAUACGAUUAUCUUGAAGCAAAAGCAUUCACGCAUUAUAAAAUACGUAUAAGAGCGAAAACAGGGGAAGGAUGGAGCAACAAUAGUGAUCCCUACAUGUUUGCAAGCGAUAGCGGAGUUCCAGGGACAAUCUCAAAAUUCAAUUUCUCAUCUAUUACGAUCAAAGAAAAUUCAAAUGACACAAAUGUGUUAGAUACAAUUCUAACAUGGGGUUUACCGUGUUCAUUAAACGGUGAACUCGAAUUCUUUAAUGUAUCAGGCGUUGGUACUAGACAUGAAUAUCCACCUCAUUUUAUUUCCGAGAAAUACGAAUGCACGGAUUAUAUUCUCAACGAUUACAUGUGCUCGAUAAAUCUCAACGAGUUGAAAGGAGAGUAUAAUUAUAAUUUUACAAUAUCCACCAAAGUUAGAAACGUUGACACACUCGGAUGGCCGAUUAGUCAAAACGUGCUGUAUCCUGCCGGUAUACCGUCACAGCCUACGGAUGAAAUGAUCAAAUCGAUCACUCUGGACCCAUACAAGGCGCGCAAAACCACAACGACCGCUGCAAUUUUGCUACCCCUAUUCCCCAAUACCAGCGGCGAGAUCAAGUUCUAUGCGAUCAUGGUGGCGAAGAUGGGACACAAUAAUAUACGAGCAAACACGAGAUUCGACCUGAAGAGCAAUAAUUGGCCUAAUGCGCCCUCCUGGGAGGAAGCGACGAUGAACGAUUUCUCAAUUACGUAUCAAGCGACAUGGCCACAUUGGAAUCCUUAUCCGAACUACAUUGCUGAUUACGGGCCGCACAUAAAAGCCGUCAAGUAUACGAUCGGGGAGGAUGUUAAUUGCAAGGAGAUCUCGUCUAAUAUGGAUGAGCGGGUAUACUGCAACGGGCCUCUUAAUCCGGAUACGUGGUAUCACGUCAGAAUGAGGGCAUUUACUGACGGUGGUUACACCGAUUCUGAGAUAUUUAUGAUAAAAACAAACGCAGAACUCAAUAUCGCGCUCGUUAUCGGAGCUGUCUUCGGCAUUCUUUCCAUGGGAAUAGUGGUGACGAUGAUGUUGCUUGUACGAAAAUGCUCGCCGUACAUAGUAUUGCGAAGAUUUCUUCACUCUGACAUGCCCGGCUCGCCUGUACCCGCGCCGUUCACCAGAAGAAAAUUCAUGAGCCAUUGUCAGCAAUUGGUAGACAAUCCUGGGAAAUUGAGCAAUGAAUUUCGGCUGCUUCAGACACUCAGCGUCGAUUUGCAGAUGCCUACAAAUUCAGCCUGUUUGCAAGCUAACCGAAAGAAAAAUCGCUACUCCGACAUUUUGCCCUAUGAUUUCUCAAGAGUAAAACUGGAUGUAAUAGAUAACGACCCUAAUACGGAUUAUAUCAAUGCAUCAUUCAUAAGGGGAUAUACAGGAGAAGAUGAAUAUAUAGCUUGUCAAGGUCCGAAAGAGGAAACUACAUACGAUUUUUGGAGGAUGAUCAAUCAGUAUAACGUUAAUAUUAUAAUUAUGCUGACACAGUUGGUCGAGAAGGGCAAAGAGAAAUGUCAUCAAUACUAUCCGACAACAGGAGAAACUUUUCGAUACGAAGACAUGAUAAUACGAUGUACAAGUGAAUUAGACUUCAGAACACAUACCCAAAGAACACUUGUAUUACAAAAGGACAAUAAGAAAAGAAAUAUUAUUCACUUGCAUUUUAAAGACUGGCCCGAUCAUGAUGUUCCAGAAGAUUUCGAUCCAAUGAUCAAUUUUUGCCAAAUAAUGCGCCGUAAUAUUAUCGCUAAUAAAGGUUCCGUUGUUGUUCAUUGCAGUGCAGGAAUUGGUAGAACAGGAACAUUAAUAGCGAUAGAUAUUCUUCUACAACAAAUUAGAGAUAAUAGAAAAUUAGAUGUAUUUGGAACUGUGUAUAGAUUGCGACAUCAUAGAAUAAAUAUGGUACAAAGAGAAAGUCAAUACGCUUAUAUAUAUAAUUGUAUAAAACAAGUACUCAAGAAUCCUUAUUUCUUAAAAACUUACAAACCACCACCAGUUGAGCCAAUAUAUGAGAACACUCCUAAAAAAGCCAAAGAUACAACAAAUUCAGACACAACUCUAGUCAACAAUCUUGAAAUUUGUAUGUACUAUAUAUUUAAUAUAUAUGUAUACGUACUUUAUGCUCUGUAGCAAACUAGAUAUUUUCUUUACUCUUAUGGUAUUAUUAAUAGUAUUAAAGAAAGCACGAUAGAAAUAACA